GAAGGGAAGAUAAAUUGAAAAAGGUCGCCCUGGCCGUUACAAUUCCUCGAGAAUUCUGAAUUCAUGCUGGCAGGGGAAAGAGGAAUAGCUAUUCUUUCGGUAUAAAAAGUGUGUUCACCAGCACACAGUCAGACAGUAACUCGUCAGGGAGCAGCACGGACAGGCAUGGAGUCCUCACACAGAACCUUAGUUAUAUAUACAGGAGGGACAUUCGGAAUGAUUGAAGGGGAAAACGGAUUAAGGCCAGCAGAACGAUUGAAGGUCAGCGAAGAACUCAGCAGGGUCGUGCCCCUCAAUGUCAUUGAGAACCAUGACAUACGAAUGACAAGGUUCAGAACGAGAACGACAAAGAUUAACAACAAGAUUUGGCAGGUCGAUCUCGAUGUUUUUGAGUUUGAGCGUCUUAUUGACUCAUCAAAGAUGAAUCAACGUGACUGGGAGGAGAUCGCUAAAUGUAUAAAGGACCAUUACGAUGCAUACACUGGCUUCGUGGUUGUCAUGGGAACAGACACAAUGGCCUACGCAAGCUCUGCCCUGUCCUUCAUGCUGGAGAACCUCAGUAAGCCAGUCGUCUUCACUGGGGCACAGAUUUCUAUCUUCGACGCCCGGAGCGACGGACCGGGGAACCUCUUCUGUUCCCUCAUCGUUUCAACGCUCGACAUUCCCGAGGUGCUGCUGUGUUUCAACAAGAAAGCCUUCCGUGCUAGCCGUGUUGUCAAGAUGGACUCUGAGGACUUUGACGCCUACGCCUCGCCCAACAUGCGCGCCCUUGUGACACUGGAUUGCAAGGUGGCAGUUGAGGAAAAGUUGGUCUUGAAGAAGCCAGAAGGUCCUCUGCGUGUUCAGAAGAUCUGCCCCCAGAGUGAUGUGGGUCUUUUAGUUAUCUUCCCAGGGAUGACACCGCAACAGGUGAAGAACAUCGUGAAGGACUUACGUGGCGUGGUACUGCUGACAUUUGGGACCGGAAAUGUCGAUAACACGGUCGUCGAUGCAUUGAAAAAGUUGCAAGACGAAGAAGGAACAGAAGAUACAAAACGCCUUUUGGUCAACCUGACUCAGUGUCUGACGGGGUCAGUGACGUCAGCCUACGAGGCGUCCAAGGGCCUCAAAGACUUGGGAGUGGUCCAAGGUUGGAACAUGACUACAGAAGCCGCCUUCACAAAGCUCUGCUACGUGAGGGCGAAACAAGACGUCUUCUCAAAACAGAAAGAGAUGAUGGAAGAAAACCUCCGAGGAGAGAUGGAUGUGAUCCCGAAUGAAAACAAAAAUAUCCACAAUAAUUAGGGCUUAGGCGAAGAACAUUUUUUCUUUUAAGUUAGUUACACAUUCAUAUAUAUAUUCUUGCUAUUUUUGACACACUUAUAUUGGGCCUGAAAAAAACAUUUAAUCAAAUUUCGCCAUUUCUUUUUUAACAUUUCGAAAGAUUUUUGACACCCAUUGUUUCUGUUUGAGGGCUUCCUUUUUAUCAUUUUUUAGAGAGGAAGGGAUGCGACAUUUAAUCAUGAGUGCCAUGUACUGAAAAAUAUAUACUUGUAUUCAUACCCCUAAUAAAAUGGUAGACUAAUUCAA